ACUGAUGCUGUAGAACAGAGGACACGGGCUGUUGAGAGUUCACCAACAAACCACCAGUUGCACGCAAACGCUGCAGGCGUGUCCGUGCGUCGUGACGUUUCCGAAACGGGCUGGACUCGGGGAGAAACUCGGAUGAUGGGGAUUAUACAGCGGUGCAAGGGAGGCAGUCUGUGUAAAGUGCAGCAGGACUGGUUGACAGCUCGAUGAGCGCCGUGUGGAAGUUUGGCUGAGAACCUGCGCGCAGCAUGGGCAUCGGGGAUUACAUCUGCGUGACGCUGCGUGGUGGCGCACCCUGGGGUUUCACCCUAAAAGAGGGAGAAGGGGUCACCUACAUACCCUUCAUUGUUUCCCAGGUAGAGGAGGGUGGUCCAGCUUUCCAGGCGGGAGUGCGGGACGGUGACGAGGUGGUGUCAGUCAACGGGGAGCCAUGCGCCGACCUCACCCUCCUGCGAGUGUUCGCUCUUAUCGACACGUCGAUCGACACUCUGCAGCUGCUAAUCAAGAGAUGCAACUCCACCUCCCCUGAAGAUACUGAAUCAGAAGGGACAUGCUGUGCUGAGAGGUCCUCUUCUGGUGAGGCUGUAGAGAGCACCGUCCUGCACAUCAUCUCCCCAAAGCACAGGUCCCAGAUACCGAGGGAGCUCUACAUAUCUGAGUCCCAGGACGAGGCCUACCAUGAGGAGUCGGAGAGCCGCACAGAGUUUACCGAGAGCCGUCAGCUAGUUUUCACCCAGUCAUAUGCUUCCACAUGUGACGAUCAGACAGGUAGGGAGGCUGUUUUUAAGAAGAAUGACGAGGAGGUACAGCGGUGCUUCUCCCCAGGGGACAUGGUCGAGGUCCAGGUGGCUUUAUCUGAGCAGACCUUGGAUGACUUCGGCUGCACCUCCCUUGGGAGCGCAAUUGGGAUUGAGGGGGGGCUUUCGCACAGAGAGGCUGUUGAGACUGUCCAGACCACCACUCUGUCUCACUAUGUACCAUGCUCUGCCAGAGAACCACUCGGCCAGCAUGGAGUGGUGGUCAGCUCUCCUUCAAUGCUUGGGCAGGUGGAGGUCACUUUGCAGCAGCAAGCGACAUCAAGAACAGGGAGGGGCAUCCUGAGUGUGGGUGGCCCCAGGGUCACUGACAGUCUCGGAUCCCAAAGUGAAGGAGAAGAAGGAGGAGUGCAGUACGAGGGUGCUCCUGGGUCCUUUACCGUCUCAUUUGAAGUUCCCUCAGACGAGGCGACACAGGCAGAAGAGCAGGACUCUGAGUCUGAGGGGGAUCAAGACAAACCCAAUAAGCAUCGACCAAAGCACGCCAGGCUCAGGCGUAGCGAGAGCCUGUCUGAGAAGCAGGUAAAGGAGGCCAAGUCCAAAUGUAAACGUAUUGCCCUUCUUCUCACGGCUGCUCCACCCAACCCCAAUAACAAAGGAGUGUUGAUGUUCAAGAAACAUCGUCAGAGGGCCAAGAAAUACACACUUGUUAGCUACGGCACAGGGGAAGACGAGCCAGAGUACAGUGACGAAGAGGACGAGGAAAACGGAGAAACUGUUGAAUUUACCCUUGUGGCGGACGACAAUUCUGAACUGGGCAAGCAAUUACUCACUAAUGUCCAUAGUAGCAGAGGUGUGCUGACUCUCAGCUUGGACAAAAGUCUCCUUGAAAUUGAAAGGAACUUGAACAACCAAGCAGAAAUGGAGUGUUUGCCAGAAACCAAGGGCAAGGGCGCCCUAAUGUUUGCCCAACGGCGUCAGAGGAUGGAUGAGAUUUCUGCUGAACAUGAGGAGCUCAGGCGCCAAGGGAUACCAGUGGACGGAGUGCCGGAGGUUGAAAAGAAAAUAAUGGAGCACUCCUACAUGCAGUCGACAACAGAGGGCCAUGGUUACAUGGAUGUAAAUGUGCACCAACAAAGCCAACAGCAGUACCAGCAAUAUCAAGAACAACAGUUCUAUCAGCAACAACAGAACUACCAACAUCAGCAGCAGUACCAACAACAAUAUCAGCAGCAACAGCAGCAUCAACAGCAGCAGCAGCAGCAGCAGCAGCAGCAACAGCAGCAGUAUGAGCAUUAUCAACAACAACAAAUAUAUCAGCAACAACAAGAAUACAUUCAAGAGCAGCAGCAAAUGCAGCACUAUUCUUCAAACGUCAAUGGCACAGUCCAACAUCAAACCAGUGAAUUUCAGAGUUCUUUCAGCAAUCGUACUGCAAAGCCUUUCACAGCAGAAAACAUGGUGGCUACCCCUUAUUCUCAUGCAAUGAGUGGGACCAAUCAGGAUUCUGUGGGUCAAGGAGAGCAGAUAGCUUCCCGUGAUGAACGAAUUUCUACUCCUGCAAUUAAGACAGGCUUUUUAUUAGAUGCAAGGAAAAGGAAUACUGGCAAGCCUAUGUUCACAUUUAAGGAAGCUCCAAAAGUAUCCCCUAACCCAGCGCUGCUGAACCUCCUCAACAGGAGUGAUAAGAAGGGUUUUGAGUCAGGACCUGAGGAAGACUACCUUAGCCUUGGGGCUGAAGCUUGUAAUUUCCUUCAGUCUCAGCGAGUUAAACACAAGACUCCUCCACCAGUUGCCCCAAAGCCUGUGAUCAAUCCAAACUCUCCUCCCUGGUCACCACCAAUAGAAACUACCAACCAGGACAUGCCUCAGCCUGCUGAAAAUAGCUUAUCCACACCUGCUGUUGCCCCCACCACAGAGAAUACUCCUGCUCCAGAACUAGAGCCAACCCCUGCACCUGCCCCUGAGCCCUCUCCCCUUCCUGCCCCCCAGGAGACUCCUGCCAACACAGCCACAGCAGAACAGCAUGCUUGGACUGCCCCAGAGCCUCAACCUCAACAACAGCCUUUGCAAGUGACAGCUCAAGAGGAAAAUGGUCAUAUUAAUUGUGCAGUGCAGCCUGAGUCUGCCCCUGCGACUACCUGGGGUGGAACACAACCACAGCAACAAUUAUCUUCAACUUCUUGGCAUCCAGCUCAAGUGCAGCCACAGGAACCACCUCCAAGUCAGUCUCCAUCACAGCCACCUUGGGUCACACGUAAUCAAGCGCAGCCUCAACCUCCUGCAAAUACUUGGACCCCACAAAUCCAACCAUCCUGGACUCAAGAGCCCCAGGAGCAAGCAGAUAGACAUGCUCAGCCACCUUGGGCCCAGUCUUGUGAACAACCACAAUCUCAGUCACAAGUUCAGCCAACCUGGACACAAUCUCAUGAGCAGCCACACCAGCAGCAUCCAACUUGGGGUCAAGCCCAAGAACCCAUGCAGCCUCAAACCCAGAACCCAUGGACCCAGCCAUUACAGUCAGAAGCUCAACAUCAACCACCAUGGGUGCAACAAGCCCAGAAAGAACCCGAAAGACAACCUCCUUGGGCUCAACAGGUUCAGCCAGAAUCCCAGCUGCAACCACCAUGGGUUCAGCAACCACAGCACCAGACGAUGCAACCAACGUGGCAACAGGGCCCAGCACCAAGUCAACCACAACCACCUUGGGUCUCAACUCAGCCUCAACAGCAACAACAACCUGCAAGCAGUGCAUGGCCCUCAUCACAAACUCAAGCCCAAGCACAGCCACCUUGGGUCCAAGUAGCCCAAGCACAACCCCAGCAACAGCCACAAGCCAAUUUAAACCCAUGGGCACCAGCACCUACCCAGCCCCAGGCUCAGCCUUCAUGGGUGCAGAACCCUGCUGAACGUGGUCAGCAUCCAAUGAAUUCUUGGACCCAAGAUCAAAAUCAGGCCCAGAAUCAGCCACCGUGGGCUCAACCUGCUCCGCCUCAGCCUACACCACAGUCUAACUGGCAACAGUCCACUUUGAAGACCCCUUCACAACCACAAAUGAAUACAUGGCCAGCUCAGACACAACCUCAGACACCUGUGAAUACGUGGACACCACAGUCACAGCAAACACCUGUUAAUGUUUGCUCAUCAACAGUCAACACUCGUCCCUCUCCAAAACCUUGGCAACCACCGCAAAGUGCUCCACAAAAUCGGACCCCUCCAUCUCCACCUCAGCGAAUGCACUCUUUUAACAUUGGUCAAAGAGCUUCACCACCCAUCAACCCAAUGGCUACUGUCUUAAACCCAUCAUCUGCAGGUUCAUCUUAUGAGAUGCCAGCCGUCCGAGGAAAAGGAGCUGACAUGUUUGCCAAGAGGCAGUCUCGUAUGGAGAAGUUUGUUGUGGACUCUGAGACUGUGGAAGCAAACAAAGCAAGUCGGCCAACAUCACCAGCUCCUUCCUUACCGAAUGAGUGGAAAUAUACUCCUAAUGCUUUUGGCAGGAGCUACUCCCUUUCCCCACCAGCCAGAGGACCGUCCACGGGCCAGAAGUCAGCUUCAGCUUCUUCCUCCCCUCGGCCUCCAGCUCGGGCCUCCGCAACCACCCCAUCAAGGCAGACGUCCUGGCUGGAUAAGGGCCGCAAAUCUCUCACGCCCUGGGAGGCUGCCUCCAGGCAUCCCCUGGGCCACGUGGAUGAAGCCUUCACUUCCCAGAACCUCCAGCAAUCCCUCGCCUCAAAUGUCUGCUUGGCAGCCCAGCGCAAAAAGCUGCCCGAACCGCCAGCAGACUGGAGGGCCAAGGUUUCUUACCAAACCCCGCAGAAAACAGGCAGUCAGACCUGGAGCCAGAGCCAGAGCCGCAGUCCGAGUCGAGCUCCUCUGCCUUCGUUUAUGUCCACAACAAGGAGCCCCGCCUCCACCACAUUCAGUCCGGCCGGUUACAGGUCCCUGCCCAGACAGUGGCAGCCGCACAAGUCUGCGACGGAGACAAACCUGCGGCCGUCUGUGUCCUCGUCUGAGUAUAACAGGCCCAUUGGAAAGCAAACGUACAAGCCUGUGCACACAAGCAACAACUGGAGUUGGCGGCGGUAGGCUACAACUCAGCUUUGACAUGAAAGUCCCAUUAAUCGCAAACGCCAUAACAUGUGCAAGUGAAGUCGGAGCAUUGUUUAAGUAACACAAUAAAGAAUAGUGUAAAGAAAGAGAGCUAAUAAUAAGUGUGACCCGUGGAAAAGACUGACGAGGUUCUCCUGGAAAUGAUUUCAUUCAGAACACUUUUUCUUUGCCGUUUUGCCAUUAUAACUUUUGUACAAAAGGUUUUAGAUUAAAUCGUUUACUUUAAUAGUCACAAUGAGAGAAAGUGAGGUGAGAAACUGAUAAUUACUCUGAGCAAUGUAUGGAGACUUAUUUGAGUUGCUGACAGCAUACUAGUUUAGUAGAUACACUGAAGUGGAUCUGAAGUUCAUCAUUAAAGGUAAUGGGUAUGUUGUGUAAAAUGAGUUUUAGUGGAGAUGUUUACUGCAAAAAGAAAAAGAUUUGAGUGACUGCAUAUUACGUUCACCUGGAGAAAAGAAUAAACAACUACGGUGUCCUGAGAAAAGGCUUAUGGAUGUUCAGAAAGAGAAGGAAGCUGUGCAUAUAGCGAGACGCAAGCUAAUGUUAUUUUGUUUUAGUUUGUUGCAGUUUGUGGUUUAUGUGGAUGUAUGCACCUAGCAUGUGGGUUCUUGGAGUGAUUGUGCACUUUUUUUUUCUUUUUUCUUUCUUUUUUUGUGCAGGUUUUGUUUGCUUUUACAUCCGUGAAACUUGAGGACGGUACUUGCAGUGCUUUGGCGCCAGGAAACCAUUUGAGCGGCACGGCGCAAUUAGUGAAGCGUUAGAGAUGAGGCUUGAAGCUGGGAGAAAGGUUAGCGCGAUAACUCGACACGCUGUGGGCGGACGUGUUGUUAUGUAAGCUCUAAUAAGUGAGAUUAAUUCACUUAUUCGCGAGGUGCAUCUUAAUGACAGCAUCAGCAUGUGGGCACUCGCAGAAAAGGAGGUAGGAUGUUUGGUCAUUCCAACUAUUUUCCUUCACCUCCUGGAAGAGCAAGAGAGUUGCUACGUUGCAGUCUUUUCAUUUAAAUGGUGAAAGUUGAACGGUGAAAUGUUGAUUAAUCUUAAUAAUGAGUAGUUUUAGUUUAUUAAAUAUUUACAAGGACAGAGAAUAUCUUGUUUAUGGGUUUGUAUUUGGUUUUAGCUUCUGCUAUAAACUUGUAAUCAUCUCCAAAAGGUACAGCUCUGUCUGUGUUUCCACAGAGUAUAGGCUACAUAAUGUCAUAAUGUGAUCCUCACCAAAGCGAUCUCAUAAACAUGAAUACCAUUUAUCACGUGGCUUUGUGUUUUUCAACUGUCUCACAUAACUUACUACCGCAUACCUGUGACUGCUUCCGUUCAAACGACAUACACGAUGGUCAAAAUACAUGAUCAGAAAUGUGCUUGUUCCGAGCUAACGGAGCUAUGGGAUUCACAUGAAGUAUUUUACUCAAUAAAUACAACCAAAUGGCAA